ACUACAAUGUUGUUUUCCGAGUCAUUUCUUGUCGACGCCACUCGACCUCUCUCACUAGCUGACUUGCGCCUUGACGACGGUCUUACUUGUCCCUGCUGAAAAGUUCAAAUUCCUCGUUGACAUUCCUUGCGUGGGCACAACAUGGAAUCUAGUCCUCCCCCUCUGCCGGCUUACAAGACCCUAGAGCAACUCAAUGCUUUAUCUCCAGAUGACUAUGCAAAAUACAUGGUUGCAACUCUAGGAUGGUUUCAAUACUAUGCACAGUUGGGUACUAUGCAGCUGCAGGCCAUGGUACCCGAUGAUGCGGAAGGCACCGCUACCUCACACCAACAAUUGGCUUCGACCUGGCACCUAGACCCAGCUGUCUUCCCGGAUACGCCUGAGAAACGUCAACUGUUCUUUGAGACGUGUGUGGCGGGCUGUCAACAAAGUAUCGUUUCGCCUGUCGAUGCUGUUCGUUGCACCUUCUUUGCGCGCCCCGCUAUUCAGAUUCUUACUUCUGAAGCCAGCCAUCACUAUCCUGCAAAUGAGGAUGAGGAUGAGGGAUCUACGUCAGUGGCGAGCAUUACGAGAAGAGCUGAAGAGCUUGCAGACCGUCAUCUCGGUACUUCCGGUGCAGCCGUGAUUGCCUACACUAACUAUGAAUCAGACAGCGAGUCUGAGCCAGAUAGCGGGCGGUUCCGGGAUCUGGUAGACCACUACUUUGGCACCAUGUUUCGCUAUCGCGACGAAGAAACUGAUCAGCUCGCGGAAUGUACCAUUGAUAACAUGGCAAGGGAUGUUUUCAACGAAGAGUGGUUUUGGCUCAUUCAGAAGGUUGGGAAUGAGGCUCCCCAGACAAACAUCGUGAAGGCUGAAACACUCGAAGAUAUCUUCGCGAACCGCAUCAGAAAGGCAUAGUUCCUUCAAGGUGGACCAUAUAGAUGUCGACAUCGAGUUGAACAAUUGUUUUCCCGUCGCAUUCUAUGUUCGUCUUGUAUGGCGCUGUCGAGCGGCUUGCUAGAAAGGAAUUAUGUUAGAUGAAUACGCUGUACUUGGACUCCGGAGUCUAUUAACUUUUGGAUUUGUCGUCUUUGUACUAUGCGAGUUUCAAGUUCCUAUC